AUUAAAACGAAAUAUAUACAAGAGAGGGGAAGUGGAAAUCAGUGUUUGAGAAGACAAAAGAGAAAUUGUUUGAGAGCUAAGAGCAAAGAUGUUGAAAUUCUUGUCAAAGGUGAAAAUCGAAUUCAAUGCCUUAGACCCAAGAAUAGCUUCAUGUAUGGAGUUUUUGGCUCAAUGUAAUGCUCCUAAAGCCAAAGAAUCAAACCCAAGUUGUCAGGUUCAAGUCAAGCGCCGCACCGAUGAUCACCCACCCCAAAUCACCGUCACCUUCGUCAAUGGAGUCGAGCAAAGCUAUGAUGCCACUUCUACACCCGCACAGAACAUCCGUACUAUGAUUCUUGAAAAGGGUCAGUAUCUUGAGACUGAACAAAUGUUUCGUGAAGCUGGUGAGAAAUGGCCUGUUGUUAUUCCUGAUGAAGAGCUUCAACAACCAUUUCU